UUUGCAUAUUUCCUAACUAGCAACAGUAACGACUGAACACAAAUUUAUAACUAGAUUUUAUUAUAAGUUACUGACAGGCAUGACCUGUACUUUGUUUGUUCCUUACAGAGAAAUCCAACGUGAGAGACAGGCCGGAAGGACAAGAAACGAAUAAGGCGUCCUUUGACUUUACGUCUGAGAGAAUGACAACUGCAAGAUCUACUGGUCGAAAACGAAAGAAAAGGAGAAAUAAAAAGCAAGCUAUGGAAAGUCCAACUUCUGCGAGUAAAAUCAGGACAAGAUUGGCGAACAACAAAGUUAGCGAUUCCAAUGAAAGUGACGGGGAAAAAUCAACUCCCAGAGGAGGACACCUAGAGUUGGUACCACGUGAUCGGAAACUGCCACCACUGGAGAGAACCAGUGAACAGGAAAACACGGAAGUAAAGAGAUUAAAAAAGAAGAAACAAAAGAAAAACAAAAAGCAGAAGGACGAAAAUGAACAGGUAAAGACCAAUGACAUAGAUAAUACUGCUCCUUUACCGAAUCAAGUUGCCGAGAGCUCUUCUCAUUCCGGUAACAUGGUUACGUUAAUAGUUUCAGCGUCCAAUAAGCCAGAACUUACAGACCAGGAACCAGAUAGUCAGCCUGGCAUUGUAGAUGUGACUACAUCUGAGAAUACAGAACAAAAGCCAAAUAUGGAACCUGGAAAUUAUUCGAGAUUGAGUGUUGGCCCUAACACGCAGCCAAGUGAGGAAACACAAGAAAUUUCAGACGCCAAAACGACAAGUGAUACUAACACCGAAACUGAAACUGAUUCUGCUGUGGAAAAGAAGGAACGAGAAGGGCUGAAUUAUGGUGCUAGCUCACGACAGAGUUCCGAGGGCAAUACGCAAACCAAUACCGAAACUGAAAAUGGACAUGAGACUCCCGAGAAAAAGUCGCACGGAUUAAAAGAUGGUGAAAUGAAUGAUAAUACUAACGAUAACGCUUCUGACAGCGUGACGAUAUUUUAGAAGGACAGAACAAUGUUGUCUAUACUUUGCAAGCAGACAAUGACAGUCCAUCAUCAUUAACGUCGAUGUGCCUGCGCAAGAAAAUGGAGAUGAAUAGUUGGAUCCUAGUAACGUAGCAGCAGAUGGAGGAACAACUUUAAUAUCGUCAGUAUUUUUAUACAGAGUAUUGGGAACAGCAAUCCUUUGUAAUAUUUUACCAAGUAUUUUCAGUAUUCCGGCCAUAUUUAAUACAAUACCUUCUGUAUAUGGACUCUUAAUGUUUUGUACGGGUAUAAAAUGAGGCUCUUUUACUCAUUAAUCCGCACAUUGGUCGUCUGGAACUCAUUUUUGAGUCCUGGUACAUUAUGAUAGCAAUAUAAAGCAUUCGUCAGGAUAAAGGAAAAGUGCUUUGUACUUAAAUACUGAAGAUCAUAUAAUUAUAUGCCAUUCUUUUGUUCAACGUAUACUACCCUACCUUAUACUUAGUUAUAUGGAUUGUUUUCUUCCUAAACAUUAUUUCAGGGUCUGUUUUAUGGUUUGGUAUAAAAAUGAUAUAAUCCGUCCAUAUUUUUACAAAAUUGCAGCUUCUUGAAGUACAUUUUGUAAGUACUAUAAAAUAAAA